UGACGACAACCCUUUCUUGUUCUCGGCAGAUUCUUCUGCGAAUUUUCCCGGAAAAUCAAAACCCAGAACACCCAUCUCAAAUCCCACGAAUCAUCUGUGCCUUUUCUGCCACGCCGUUCCAUUCUGAUCCUCAACAACUAAAAGUUUGAUUCUUUAAUAUUUCACUUUCGUUUUCCGGCAAAAGUGGAAUCUAAUCUGUUUAAUCCCUUCGAUUCCUGUCUUGCUAUUUCGCCUUUUGGAGGGGUGGUUUCUAAUCUUUAGAUGGCAGAUGUUUUGAGGUCGUCGUCUCUGUACACUCACCGACUCUCCGAUUCACCGUUGGCAUCUUUCCCAGCUUCUGUUAAUUCUGUCGUCCCCAAUUUGAAAUCGUGUAAGAGGAUUUUGUCGGUCGCAAGUUGCUCGAUCGGUGAUGUUUCGCCACUUGCUUUCAGACCCAGAAAGCAAUUUGCUUCUUUGAAGGUGCAUGCUGCUAUUACUGAAACUGAUCAGCCAAAAUGGUGGGAGAAGAAUGCAGGACCAAAUAUGGUCGACAUCCAGUCUACACAAGAAUUUCUGAGUGCUUUAAGUCAAGCUGGAGAUAGAUUAGUUAUUGUUGAAUUUUAUGGAACUUGGUGUGCUUCUUGCCGAGCAUUAUUUCCAAAGAUCUGCAAGACAGCUCAAGAACACCCCGAGAUUUUAUUCUUGAAAGUCAAUUUUGACGAGAAUAAGCCAAUGUGCAAGAGCUUGAAUGUUAAGGUGCUACCGUAUUUCCACUUCUAUUGUGGUGCUGAUGGUCAGGUGGAGUCCUUUUCAUGUUCCCUUGCCAAGUUUCAGAAGAUAAAGGAUGCAAUUGAAAAGCACAGCACCACUCGGUGCAGUUCUGGCCCGCUGAAGGGAGUUGGAGAUCUCAAUAUUGAAAUCGGGUCUCUUCUGAAGGACAAUCCAACAGGAUCUACUUCAUUCUAGGACCACUUUAGGGGUUAUUUAGCCAAAUUGUGUAUCAUCACUAUCCAUAUUGCACAUAAAAAAAAUUUACUCAUCAUUAGGGUUUGCACCAUGUCUUUGCUCUUUGUAAGAGACUUGAUGGCAAUUUCUGCGCAUUGCAUUCUUUUGUCAUUCAAAAUUCUGUGAUAUAUCAGUGUGUGUUGUAGCAAAGAGCAAAUAAAACAUAUGACUUCUGAUAA